CACCACCUCGUCGUCGUGUGGCCGCCGCCGUUGUGAUUGUGGUCUUCCCGUCAAACAUGAGCUCGACACCGAGCAGGAACCAGCACCCCUUUCCUCCUUCCUCUACCUCAUCUCCCGGUUUCCCGCUCAACCCAACUCCAAAUCUUCAUCAACGGACCCUUACUGCAUCCUCAGCCUCCUCUGCAUCUUUCCCUCAGUCUCCUGGUCCUUUAGGACAGACUGCGUCGUUGACCAUCGAAUCUCUCAUGAAAACGCAUGCCACUUCUCAAGACCCAAAGCUGGCAGCGCUCGAUCAAGCCGUGCAAGAGCGCAACGUCCUCAGCUCUCAGAAUGGACAGCUCUGGAAGCUCAUCGAGAAGCAGCGUUCGGGAUACAAUCAGAUAUUGAAGGAACUAGAACGAGUGCGGGGUGAGCGGGAUAAUUAUAAGGCCAAGCUCUCCGCCGUCGUGGGCGUGUCACCCGACCGCAGGCCGCGGAGGGAGAAUGGUGCUGCCCCGGGCGCGGGAACGGACCCAGACAUACAGGAAGGGUCUCAAAUGUCCAGUCGCCCAUCGGCGGACUCGAAUCAUACUCCGCGUUCAAAUCCGGCACGUAAUCAAGAGCGUGGGGCGUCACAAGACAUUGGGACGUCGCCCUCAUUCCAAUCCAACUCUCACUCCACUCCGCCGAGACAAAAAUCGGCGCUACCCCCUCUACUCGUACCCCCUCGCGCCGAAACUCUUCCGGUACCCGCUAGUGCGGUCUCUGCAACGUCCGAAAAUGCGAUCUUCAAUAGUCCUUCCCGCUAUGUUUCGAGAAACGACUCGGCGCCUUCACUGUCCACUCCUGGUAGUCGCACGCCACCUCACAACGCAGCACGUACGCAGUCUCCAUUGGUUCCGUCGUCAGGUGCGACGUCUGAUCCAGCAUCGAAUGGGCCGAGCUAUCCCUCCAACCUUCAGCGAGAUAUUCAGAUCACUACAUCUCCUGGUACACCCAUUGAUAGUCCUAGUCGCGGAUCUCCUAUUGCAGGGCCAUCACUGCUGAACGCAUUGCAUGAAUCGCGGUCUCAGCCGCUCUCACGGGACUCACGUAUCUCGCUCCCUGACGAAGCUAGACAGUUCAUCGCCAACAUGGCUGACUCUCCGGCAUCGAGUCCCAAGACAGAUGCAUUCGCUCCGCGUGCGUUGCCCAUUGUGCCAACGACCAUCCCAGCCACUUCCUCUCCGUUAACGGUGCAAAAUGAAACUCCCGCCGAAUUUCUGGACAUGGAUGGUGAUGGCGAAGAAGACGCUGGUGAAGAGGCCGACCUGGACCCUGAAGCAGACGGGUCUCAAGACAACGAAGAAGACGAUCAACGUCAUGAGCCUUCACAAUCGCCCGUGGAAGCGUUAUCUCGCCAGGCCACGGCGGCAGCCGACUUUCCUCUGCCUCCGAAUGUCUCAAGCGAUGCAAUGCGGGAUCUAAACAACCAGGCAAAGUUUCCUCAGCAAGAGAGGCUGUACCCUCAGCGUGGACCGCAGCCGUAUAGCACAUCCCCAUCUGAGGCAACCGCCGCUCGCCCGCAAUUACGCAACAGAGCCUCAUCGUCAUCGUCGCAAUCUGUUGGCACACCCGUCGGACCUGCGAUGCCAGCUUCGUUUCGUGCACUGCCACUCAUUUCGACUGAUCUUCCGACGACCAGUGUCACGGUCUCGCAGUCCUUCGUCCGUCCAAAUGAUCGAGGCAAGGAGGUGCUUUCAUUCGUGGUGAACGUCGAUCCAGGUCACGGCAAGGAGUUCUGGAAAGUGGAGAAGAUGUACUCAGAUGUCAUUGCACUGGAUCAACGUGUGCGGAACAGUGUGGGCAAGGUGAUUGGCAAGAAGAUGGUUUCGCUGCCAGAGGGCAAGUUGUGGAAAGAUCAUGCCCCGGCUAAGGCGGUGCUCCAAGCCUAUCUACAAGCGCUUGUCAAGCUUCCGGUUAAGAACAACGACGAAGUGAUUGCCUUCCUGACGUCUGACAUCGUGCGAGAUUACAAGCAACCUGUUAUGCAAGCUGGGCACAAGGAGGGUUAUCUGACCAAGCGGGGUAAGAAUUUCGGGGGCUGGAAGACCAGGUUCUUCGUGUUGCAAGGUCCAGUUUUGGAAUAUUAUGACUGCCGCGGUGGAGCCCAUCUAGGCUCGAUACAAGUUGUGGGCGCUCAGAUAGGCCGGCAACAGCGUACAGAUCGCACUGCUUCGGAUGAAGAGAAAGAGUAUAGACAUGCUUUCCUGAUCGUUGAAGCAAAGAAGGGACCUGGCGGAAAUCAUCCACGGCACGUGUUAUGUGCCGAAAGCGACGAGGAUCGUGAUGCAUGGGUUGAAAUCCUGGUGCGAUACUUCACCGGAUCGUAUAAUGAGGACUCGGUGUCGUACAGCGCUGCCCCGCCCGUCCAGUCCCAAUCUCAACCUCGACCGAGCAUCGAUGCUGUCAACUCUCAGGCCCGGGCGGCCAGUCCAGCAAGAUCUCUCGAGUCUUCUCCCGUCGACCGCUCUCGAGGGCAGCCCUCGAGUUUGCCCGACUCUUCGCCUUUGGCAGCUGCAGCAGCUCAGGAAGGGGCCAGUUAUCCGCAGCGAGCCAGUUCCGAGCAAGGGCAUUAUUCCGACCUGCGACAACAUUCUCCAGAACGGCCUCGUCCGCGAGAAGGGGUCUCGAAGGGGUUCCAGCCCACGCUCAAUACGGUGGUAUCCUCUCCUAUCACAGCCGUGCCGCAGGAUAGAGCGCCGUCCCCCGAAAAGCCAGAGAGUAAAGUCAAAAUCUCUGGGCCGCUCAACGGGGCACCGAUCCCCGCCGGUUACAAAUUUGGGGCCCGCGACGGGCCAUCAACCGAUGUUAGCACCCCCUCGUUAAGCGAUCGGCGCGAAAAGGCCAAGUCGAGGUCGUUUUGGGGUUUCGGGCGGCCCGGGGACAAGGACAAAGCGGACGGCAAAUUGCAUGCUUUGCCCACAUUCGCACCUCGAGCCGUGUUUGGUGUCCCGCUCGAGGAGUCGCUUGACGUCGUUCAGAUCGCGAAUCUGCCGGCCAUCGUGUUCCGCUGCAUCCAGUAUCUCGAAGCAAAGAAGGCCGAUCAGGAGGAAGGGAUCUAUCGUCUCAGCGGCAGUUCGGCUGUCAUCAAGAGUCUCAAAGACCGCUUCAAUCUUGAGGGCGACAUCGACUUGCUAGCGUCUGAUGAAUACUGGGACCCCCACGCCAUUGCUGGUCUGCUCAAAGGUUUUUUGCGGGAACUGCCGGCCAGCAUUCUGACGCAUAAUCUCCAUCUCCGGUUCUUGUCUGUGAUUGACUUUGUCGAUGCUCAAGAGCGCAUACGCGAGCUUUCGCAGCUUAUAGCCGCACUACCUCUCGCCAACUACAGCUUGCUCCGAGCACUGACUGCUCAUCUGAUCUUGAUAGUCCAAAACUCAUCUGUGAACAAGAUGACCAUGCGAAACGUGGGAAUCGUUUUCAGUCCAACUCUUGGCAUUCCCGCGGGUGUUUUCAGUCUGAUGUUGGGCGAGUUCAACCGAGUGUUCAAUGUCGACAACGAGGAGGAAGAGGAACUCGAGUCUGAGGCCCCUGGCGAACCCAAUGGGGACUCAGAUCAGGGCCAUCAACGCCGGAACAGUUACCAGUAUUCCACCGGAGCAGCUGAUCAGCUGCUCGGACUUUCGGGCCGGUCAUUGCCAGGCAAGCUUUCUCGAUCCUCAGUGAAUGAGACGCUGAGUCUAUCUUCAGCGGCUGAAGAGGGUACAUCCGAUGAGGACUCUGUCCAAUACGAGAGCGGGACAGAGACGACAGAAGAUGCGGCGACCAUCGAGUCGACAACCUCUGUCAGCCCACAGCAGCCGGAGACACCAACGAUUCAGACCUCUCCAAGCCAGACCGAUGGACAGAUCCCCACGAAGAUGAGCAAGGCAUCUAACACCGCCAGCUCUAAAGGGCUCAAUCUCAACGUUUCUGCUCGUUCGAAUCGUCAUAGUGUGGUGAUGGGCAUGGGCUUGCCAUCGUCGCCCAGGCCCCCAGCCUCGCCACGCCACGCUCAGGCACCCGAUGCCAUGGCCCCUGCACCUGCUUAGUCACCCUGUCAUGUAUUUUCUAGUCCUGUGUAGUAUCUGUAAGACUACAAUCGUUCAUAUACCCAUCGUAUCUGCAACCCGAGCUUGAGCUUAAUCAUCCAUCAAGCGCAUCAAUCCAGCGCUCACUUCUCCCUCCCAUGGGCUUCCGUCAGGCCGUUGUCCUCGCUCCCACUUGCUUCUUUCUUGGUGUGCUGUUUAUCUGCGCAAAUGUCGAUUAUCGGGUCCUGUGGCCUGCCAACGGUGCCCUAGCGGACGAAACCAUCGCGGACGCUUUCCAGUUUUAUGAGACCUUCUUCAAUGCACCACCUGCUAUCAAAGCGCUUCUGCAUGCCAUGGUUGGGGUGCUCAUGUCCGGCUUGUUCGCCAAAUUGUACGCGUGGGACGACAGCGCUAUGUUUUUCGACGGUUCUUGCAUCGGCAUUGUGGUUUUUGGUCUGGCCGUGUAUACCGCAGUCGUCGUCCCGUCCCUGCGGACAAUCUCAGCUCCAACGAUCACAGACACCAAAGCUGACCAGGUUGAAGCUAUCCGCUUACUGAGCGCAGGAAAUAUAAUUAUAGCCGGGUGUAUGGUUCUUAUCCUGGCACUGCAGGCUGGACAAGAAUACGCGAAGCGUGUGGAUGCCCGAGAGUUAGCUAAGAUCAUGACCGAGGAGAACCAGGGUGGGGAGACCAAAAAAACACAGUAGCCAUCAUCUGGAGCAACGUGGACACGUUACAGUUGGUGUUGGAGAGGGAGUCAAACAGUUCCUCAAACACUACGUGUGCUGGCAAAGACUUCUUUGUGUCAUCAGCUCCCAAAGUUCGACCAGAAACAAUAUGCCCGAGUCAACCCGACGCAGAUAUGAAUUGGCCUAGGUGCAGGCUGUUGUUGUGUGUGCCUACUCGAUCAGUCUGCCGUCGCUCCAGACCUCGAAAGAAGAAGUCCGUAAAUAUGGAGAUCAUUUCCCAGUCAGAUGCUGGGAGUGAUUUCUCGUCUCCUGCAAGCCUCUGCCGCAAAAGAAGCCUGGAGUGCCGAGGCGCGACUCGACAGUCUCUCGCCUUCUGAGGUGACAGAUGAUAUGAAUAAGUGGCCCCAGUGCGCACUUCUACUCUGCUUGUCGAGCCAGUACCUGUGUGUGUAACAUGCUGUUUGCAUUGGGUUAUGGUAUCUAAAGACCUGUGCACAACCGUCACACUCACAGACGUAUGCGGAUGUAAACGAAACGGGACACGAUCUCCGAUCACUACCCAAUGGGGAUGUGUCAGGUGAACGAGAUCUAGUCUCGAUUUCGAAGGGCGGCCGCGACUAGACGCUGACAGUAUAAAAGAACCGCGUACCUGUGAACGCUCCUCCACCUGCCUUCCACCAACUAUCCCUUUUGCUGUCUUGGUCAUGAACGACGAAUGGUGCCUACACGAAUGUCUCCACUGCGGAAUCAUUAGCGACGCCGACACGUUUUGUUCUCCAUCCUGUGCCUCUGCGGCUUGUGUCACCCCUGCACCAUGGGAUUUGGAGGAGGAGGAGGAGGAGGAGGAGGAGGAGGAGGAACGCCAGGAACUCGAGUACUUGGCAGCCUCUUACCAGCUUUGGGAGCGUGUGACUCGUUGGACGCAGAGCAUUGAUUCCACACCACCGACAUCCUCACCUCGCCUCGUUUCUCCCUCCCAACUUCUUCUGAAGCGACCAUCACCCACCAUUUUUCUCAGUUCGGAUGUGCAGUUCGCUCCGAAACCAAAACCUUCGCCGUCUCGACCAGCUCGGAGUCUCAGUGCUACCGAAGCUCUGGUUGCGAGCUCUACGCCAUCCUCACGAAGUCUUGCCGGUUUCGUCCGUGCAUGGGUUCCUUCUUCCAAGCCAACACGCGCCUCUCUCCCCCGAAUCACUACAAAUUUCACGGUGUUUGCUCGGACGCACACCUCGACGUCGCAAGGCGAAGUCAAGUCGGAGGCGGAGGCGUCUUCGGUGUACUGGAUCUCAUCUAUUCGAGCAUCAGACACAUCGUCGACAAGCACACCUGAGCCCUCUCCUCGUGUCUUUGUCCAACCGCUUGCUUGUGUGCCUCGUGGCCGCCUCGCGCAACGUCCGAUUUGCAUUGCCUAGUUUGUGAUCUAUCUCUUGCGCCUAGACGCGACGGCCUGUCCGUCGCCCCUUCCAUCCCGUCUUGUAAAUGUUCCAAAAGGCGGCUGCCAUGUAUCUAUCCCUCCCACGGGACCCCUGCAUACCACCCAAAACAUCCACUCUCACUCUGCUCUGCAUUCGCAUUCACUAGCUAUCAUCUCAUCCACCCCCAUAGAAUUGCAUGUACGUUAUCGUAUUGUGUUUGUAUCAACGCAAUGUACUAUUGGAGUCAACGCACUUAAAUAUACUGUUAGAAUCGACAUUAGGCCGUUUUUGUUAGUUUUGGGGGGCAUCACAGUACCGUCGGACCCUUGCACAACGCGGAUGACUGCGGGACUCGGGACUUGCCUACCGCGGCACCAGAGCGCAGGGAUCUUGAAACCGGAAACUGGCGACAGAAAGUGUGAGCUCUGUCUCAGCGCGUCGCUUAGACUGCAGCAGCUUGUCCGAAUGAAGCGGUCCCGGUCCCGUCCCCACUCCGAAAAGAAGGGACCGCCACUGUCUGUUGCCUGUCCCAAGUUGAACGGUCCCUCGUCGUCACCAAAUGCCCCGAGCCCCGACGCUAAACUGAAUCAAGGAUAACUCUGCAGGAACCCCACUGUUUGUGGCGUACUGUAAUCAGGCAACAGAGUUUAUUCCCAGUCUAGUGGAGUGACUGGCAACUGUGCAU